UUUAUUGCCAUUAGCAUAAUGAGAUUUCACCCGUGACGGUAGUUAACUAGCUCUAUCGAUCAGUACUUCCACAUUCAGUUCAUGGAAUAACAGUUGUACUGAUUAAGCAAUUGUGAUAGUGGACAGGCAAUCUAAGGAAAGUAUAGUACGACCUUUCGCAAAAGGCAAGAAAAUAUGACGGAACCAGCGGGACCUCGAAAGCUUACAGACAGUCGAUUUUUGGCCUUCAACAAACCUUCACAAACAUCUACGAAAAAACCUAUAUCUCCGAUUUUUGAAACACCUAUGAGACUGGUUGUCAACACUGAUGGCAAGACAACUUUGAAUCACGAAACUCUAGCUGAACUCAGCAAAAUUGAGAAAACUCUAAACGUCGUAUCAGUGGUUGGAAGUCUGAGAACUGGGAAGUCGUUCUUGCUUAAUAAACUGGCAAACACAGAAGCAGUUGUUGUAGAGAAUGGAUUUCAGACAGGUCGUACUACAAAAGCAGUCACCAAAGGUAUUUGGGUAAUGUGCAGGCCACAUCCAACACAAGAGGAACAAGUUCUUGUUCUCCUCGAUACAGAGGGCAUUGAUGAUCCUGAUAAGGUGUAUUCAUUUCAUUCAUUUUUAUUUUCAUUUAGUAACGAUGAAACUUUCAAACUAAUAUUAGCAGAGUAUUAAAAUCAUUGGCCAAUUAGAAUAACGCGCAAGUUCAACGAAUUGAUACAAUAUGUUGGAAUCAGUUUGUUAACAGAAACUACAUUCUUCUAUUAACUAACAGUUUUGACCAUUGACAUAUUAGCCAUUCAAGAAGUGUUUUAUUACAUGAUACUGGAGAUAUAUUUUCAUAAUUUUGUCUUCAGGUUUUCACCAGCAAACUUGAGUGUUGAACUAUAGAUGGGUCAAUAGCUAUGGCUACAAACUGGUCAAUGAUCAAAACUGUUUCUUGAUAACUAAAUUAAAGAGUCGUGUAAUAAAUUCAUUUAAUUCACUUUGUUGCAUUGUAAUAAAACAUACUAUUUAUCCUAGAACUAGAACUCGUUAAGGGAACUGUUGUACAUGAACAGACUCGUGUAGAUAGUGCGUAGGAUAUUAAAAGUCAUUAAUGAUUUUUAUUUAAGCCGUAAAUAAAAAUGCUUAUAAAAAUGCUUUUUCAAUAUGAAUGUUAAAAAAAACAUAAAAAAGAACAAACCAACUCGUCGAAUAAAACAAUCGCUAUGCUUUUAUUUUUCACUUACGUACAAUAACUCUGGAGGCUUGUCCCUUUAAAAGAAAACUACAACACGUAGAGGAAAAGUUUGAUAUUCGUUUUCAAUUCGUGUCAAAACCACAUGAGUUUUGACCUUCACCAUAAUAUUUGUCUUAAUAUCAUUUAAUGUAUCAGCAUGCAGACUGAUGAAAUAAAAAAAAUGGAAACUCCACAGGUCGCUCAACACGACAAAAACGAAAAAUGUUGCAGACUCGGUUUGAUUGAGCCUGUUCGUGGACGGUAGUGGAAAUGCAUGCUACCCUCCACGCCCUCUAGCCCCGGGUUGAGCAGAACUCAACAUUUACACAUGUUAAAAGUACAAAAACAAUUUAAGAGACAUCAGCAGAUGUGUUCAUACGGCGGUGCAGAUGGAACCUUCAAUGAUACACUAGCGUGUAAUUCCAUGAAAAGCGGCGUAUGAUCCCCAGUUAAAGUAAUGGGUUUACUAUAAACGAGAAAACAAGGGCAGAACUAAACAAACUGGUAUUUAGAAAGGGGAACACUAGCAUGCAUUUCAUUAAAGAAAUUCAAACACCGCUAUAACAUUCUUUUGGACGCUUUAAAUAUUUUAAUCUGAACUUGCAUUUACGAAUACUUUUCUUUCGUCUAAAGAUUAAGGCUGAGCAAAUAUUUCUAUUUCUAUUUAUUUUUUGUUUCAGGUUGAGAUAACAGAUGACCAGUGGCUUUUUAUCUUGUCUACCCUACUUAGCAGCACAAUGGUUUACAACACAAAGGGGCAUUUCGACAGAUCAGCUAUUGACAAAUUUAGGAAUCCUUUUAAGCGUUUUAUAUAAUCUAGUAUUGGUCUGAAACAUAACAAUUUUUAUCAAUAAUUUAAAUAUUUCAAUUAAUCUAAUUGUUGAAAUUAGAUCGAUCUUUACUGUACAAAUAAAACAUGUUUUAUCAAUGAUGUUUUAACUGUAUAAAUAAACAGCAGGCAGGCAAUUUUAUAAAGAAAGCAAUAUACCUGAUACAUGCUCUUUGUGCGCUUAAAAUGAGCAAGUGUGCAUUCACAUUUAGCACAUGUUCCACAAACGUAUAGCUUCCUCAUACUAAGAGUUCUGCUAUGUCUACGUUAUUGCAUAAUAGAAAGUCUAAAAUACUGUAAUAUAAGCUUCAAGACAAAAUUUUAGGGAAACCAUGUUGUAGAACGCUAUAGAGAUCCCUUGGAAUAUAGAAUGCAACCGGUCAACGUAAAAAACAAAGACAAAUAUCAAACAGGGAAUGCCACGCACCAAAAACGCAGUCUCCUCAAAACGAAACCCACGUAAGUCCGAUUGAGUCUGUUGACAUGUGCUUUACAACCAUGUCCGAUAGUAUUGGUUUAAGCAGAUCUCUUAUAUCCCAAAGGAUUAGAAAAAUAAAAACACUUGGCCACUGCAUUUACAGGUGAAGUUCAAAGAACUACUAAGAAAAUUCAAAUCAGCUGCAGACAAGAACUCGAGAGCUAUCUGUCUAAACAGGCUUGAAAUUUUCAAUUUGAAAGUGGUGAAGAAGAUGAAUAACCGUGUGUACUGUCAUCCUGCUGGUAAAGACGAGUAUAUUAAGGAUAUUGAUUGGUUGUUAAAACAGUACAACAAGGAUGCACCAUAUCUUGGCACAAAAGCACGAGCAUCACUUCAAGAGUUUCUUGAUGAUAAAGAAUCUGAAGAGGAAAAAGUAUAUCAAAUGGUCUUGCAGGCACAAGAAGGGACUCAAGAAAAAAUCUCGUCCGCGAAUACAGCGCUUACGCUCGCUCACUGAAGAAGAUCCCCAAACUCUAGCUGAAAACGAAAAGAAGAAGACGACUGAAGAGGAGAAUAUAGAAAAAGAAAUCAAACGAGAUAUUACAAUCCUGCAAAUUAAUGGUAUGAAGAGUAUUGGAAGUCAAUACCUUGAAAUACUACAAAUGAAAAUUAAAGAACUAGAGCGCGUGAAGAAUGAAUUAUCAUCUGAUGAUCCGUAUUAUGAAUCUCUGCUGCUUGAAACGGAGCACUGGAAGAAAUUGUUGGAAAAGGCAACUUGGAAUAUGCCACAGUACAAAAACAAAUUGCAGCCUAUAACAGGAUCAUCAUCUGAGGUAAAGGACUUGACGAAAAGUCAAAUUUCAGAAUCAUCGGGAAAGGUUGACGGCAAGCAAGAAAAUGAUAUAUCGAAACAAAAAGAAAGAGCACCGGGGAAUGGUGGGGAUGCCAGGCCAAAAUACGAUGAAAAUUAUUUCUGUGUCAAACCUAACCCGGCACCGAUUGAUCCUGAGUCCAUUGAUUCCAAAUUUAUCAUAGAUCUUGAACGGAGGGAAAAGAAAAAAGACAAAACAGAGUGUCCAAUUCUUUGAUUUGGUGGUUUCGGUGGAAAUUUUAACUCUUGUGUUGUUAAUCAAAGCAUAUUGAUCAUGCAUGAAAAUGCAUACUUAAUGUAGAAAUUUCGCAUGUUUUUUCGUGUUAUAACAUCUACAUUAUUUUUUCGUCAUUUACAAACUUGCAUUUUAAUGGUAUAAAGAUAGUAUAAUAAUAUAUGUAUAUAGUCAGCUGUUGAGCUAUAUUUUAUUAGAAUUCAUAGAUCUUUACAAAGGAGAACACUACAGGUGGCGUUGUAUGAACUUGAAAAUUCAAACUAUCGAUUUUACUUUUUUCUUUCAGUUUCACAAAAAGGUAAACGUACCACCAGUCGAAAUAAUUUCAUUUCAACACAAAUGAUUAGUGUUGGCAUUCAGUUUAUGUGCACUUAAAGACAAAAUCAGAUAGUCAUUUAAACUAAAGUCAUUUUAAAUCAAAGGUAAAUCAAUAACCGGUUAAAGAAAGAAUAAAAUGUGUAUAUAAGUAUUUAUGAGUCUAAACUACGGUUCAACAGAAUCUUCUACAACCUGGUGAAGUAAUAAAUAUACAAAAUGUACAUAUGGACAGUUUGUUUGAAUAAUAAAAAUAACCAAAACUCUUAAGUCCGAAAUAAUAAGUUUAAGAAAAGGGAGAUAAAUUCUAAUGCUGCUUACAACUUAAACUAAUAGAUAUAUCCCUGCCGACCAAAUGCAGAUCAAAUGUUUUAUAUCUUUUAUCGUUUGGAGAUAUGAAAAGUUAUAAAGUGCAUAUUGGAAUAAACUCGCGUGUAAAAACUUACACUUGUCUUCUAAAUAUUUCAUCUCGAUCAAGAUCUUAAAGUUGCAUUAUGUGCAUCUAAUACUGCAUAUAGUGUGUUUUGGGUGAGUGUUCUAUAAAAGCAAUUUUCGGUUGCUGUGCAUUUAGAUGUGUUAUAUUAACUAUAAUGCUGCAUUAGUAUUUGAAGUUGAUGCUUUAAAAAUAAAGAAAUCGGACGGAUAAAGUAACAGAUAUUUUUUCAGUUUUCUGCGCAAUUUUCUCCCUUACCUGAAAAUGGAAAUUUCAGAAGUAGAAGGGAAGCAACUCCU